AUGUUCUUCAUGGCUGUUUAUCCUGGUGCCUUUGUAGAUUUGUACACUGAACAUUUGACUGUCAUCUCUCCAUUGCGUCAACUGAGGAUUUACUGUGCUGGUGUGUGGCAUAAUUCUGUGCUUGUCAUAGUAGGUCUGGUGUUGCUGUGGUCUCUACCUUAUUUGCUGGUUCCAAUCUAUGCCACUGGUCAAGGUGCUGUGGUUGGGAAUUUGAAUGGGGAAAGUUUGUUUCUUUUUUCAAAAGAUAAAAACAACUUUCUUUACAUUAUACUUUAUUUGUCACUUAAUUGUUUUAAAAACACAAUAAAACAACAACUGUACUUUAUUUAAUCAUGCUACACUGAAGUGUGCAAGGCUCAUUAGAAUGCGUGCUUGUGCAUGACACUAGAGUGUUUUGUAAUUUUAAAUAACCAAGGUGGAUUGAACAAGAAAUAAACUUUUCCCUUUUUUUCUCCCUAAGGAAUCCCCAGUGCAUGGUAGUAUAACACGUGGUGACACUAUCUUGUCACUAUAUGGAUGUCAGGUGUAUAACAAACAGGAUUGGAACAGUUGUAUAAGUAAAACACUCAGUUUCCCCCAGCAUGGCUACUGCACAGACAUGCUGACCAUCGCCAGGAAGAACUCCUCUAAAGGUACAAAGAUCUUGAAGUACUGCAGCUGUUCCUCUUGGGAUGAACAUGCAGGUUCCCUCCCCUCCCCUCUCCACCCAUCAAGCAUCCCAUUAGGUAUCCUGAUGAUCUUGUUCACCCUUGAGUGGAGAGGUAUCCAUGGCACAAAAAACUGAGAAAAAUCAUCAGGAAGGGGAGAGUUAACAGGACUUAAUGUUUGUUUGGCAGUUUUGAUGGUUGUCAAUAUUUUCUUUUGCUGAUUAAAAAUUUUCACUACUAAUUCCAGAAGUGAAAGGGGCAGUGCUAUGUGCAGUGUACACCAGGUAGUUAGGCCAUGGUAGUUUUCUAAUUAAUCAACUAACUUUUUUAUUAGUUAGCAACUCUGUCCUCUAACACUGGAACUUUGAACUUUGCUUGAUAUCCAAGGUGCAAUAUACAGUGGAGGAGUCUAUGACUGCUGUCAGAAUUCAACAUCGUCAAGGUUCUGUUUUAAGUAUCAGUCUCUGAGCCACUCAAAGGUAAUUCAAAUUCUGCCUUUCCUUGCUUUCUUUUCUUUUCCCUUUCAUCCAUCCCUUGCUUUCUCUGCCUCUUGACAUCACCUUUUAUCCUUUUGGUUUUACGUUUCUCCUUUUCUUUUAUCCUUUGUUCCUCUCUCCCUCUGUCCACCCCUUCCAUCCUUCAUGUUCUCUCCUUGCUUUCCUUUGCAUCAAUUCUAGAGGUUCUUUCCCUUCCACUCUUACCUUAUAUUUCUUCUUUCCCUCUGAAUCUUUCUAACCCUGUAACUCCCAAACUCUGAUUAUUAAUUCUCCCUUUUGGCUGCUACACAUUUCCAUGUAAAUUAGUUACAAGAAUAUGGUGUUUGAUCAGGGUAACAACUUCUCCUUGAUAAGUUUGGGUAUUCUCAUUACCUGUUUUGUUGGAAAAUGUUUGGAAAUUAUAGGGAGAAGUUACAUGUAAAUCACAUCUGGGAGUUAAAGGGUUAAGGGCAACACCAGUCUAAGUCAUACAAUUCUGUUUCAUUAUAUCACAGGGCUAUGCAUGUCUCCCAGCAAGAAGCACCAUGCAAUCCAGACAACUUUGUGGCCUACCAACAGACUGUGAUGGACCAGGUUUGUAUCAAGGCUUAACUGACCUUUAACUUUUUCUUAUCAAUUAAUUAACAAGUGGCAACCAGAAGAACAAAGAAUUCUGCAAAGGAGAAUAUAAUUAUUAUGAUGUUACCAUUUAAAUGAGAUUAAUAUGAAUUUGAAUGCUUUACAUUCUAAGAUCCCUAACUGGUUUUCCCCACUUGUGGCAUGGGUCCAGUGUAAGAGUCAUUUCAGUUAGUCACAUUAUUGAUAAUAAUUUUGCAAUUUCUUCAAUAUAUACAGGUGAUAAAGUUUGUGCUCAUCCAUCAUUGGAUAACUCCAGUCGUCUUUUAAGAAUCAUACGAAGCAAGGGUACGGAUGUGCUGUAUGUUGGCGAUCCUUUACUUCUUCAAUACACAGGUAAUGUAAAGGAAACAUUUGAUACAUUAAGAACAUUGUUGAGAGGUACAUGGCAAAUUUGGACUAUGAUUAAUUUUUGCUCAAGGUUUUGAUACUAACAUUGAUUGUUAGACAAGUUAGUGAAUUAUAUUAAUAGAUGCUUUAGAAACUGCAGUGCUGCGUUGUUGUGGGAAAUUACAAGAUUAUUGAGUUUUUUCAGCUGAGAUGGUAAAUAAAUGUGGGUUGAUAACUGUAACAGUUUCUAAAGCUGACAUUUUCGAGCAUGAACCUUUUGUCAGAGCACAUGACAGAAGACUUAUUUUGAGAUUUUGUCUCUUGUACUUUCAGUUGGAGUGAUCAAUUAUCUACCUCGAAGUUAUCUUCUGCCCAUGGAAAUUCCAAACAUGCUGGAGAUGCUGUUAAUGUAUCCUUUUAAACAUAUCUUUCAAAGUUGUAACAUAGCUUUAUCAUUUAUGGAUGAACUGUUGCAUCAUUUAGAGGAUUCUAAUAACUAAGGUGAAGAAGUUGUAAUUCAAGCAAGAUCUCUGUUAAAAAGUUGUCAGAGAGGUCUAGAAUUGAAGAUUCUGUAAAGACAUGUAUAGAGGAAGGUGAUCAGAAACUUAUUAAAUACUUAAACACCCCAGAAACAUUUAGCUGGGCUUCAAGCUCAAAUUUUUAGUAGCUGUCUCUCAAAUAUUAAUAAAACUUCUUUCUCUUUUACCUAUUGUGAAAUGUGGUGUCAUUUUCUUGGAUAUCACAUCUAGGGAUUCAAAGGUAACAUUACAGUACAUGUCCAGGACAAACAAAAAUUAAUGUCCUGUGAGUUAAUUUCGAUUCAGUUUUUUCUCUUGCCAGGAAGUGGCACAAACUUCUUCAAAAGCUUCAAUGGCUUUUUGAGGUAAAAACUCAGGAGUCACCCAAUUUCAUAAAAUUAAGUUUUUACUGAAAUGUAGUUGUUAGUAUUGUAUAUUGUUUCCAGGACCUCACUCUUCAUAGCUCAAAAUUUCUUAAUUUUCUACAACAAGAGUUUUUCCUUGACUCCAUGAAGAUAUUUGGUGUCUUUGUCUGGAGCCUUAGCAUUGCUCAACAUGGUUCCUUGUUACUCACUAGAUGGUCAGUGGGCAUUAUUCGCUCUCGUGGAUCACACACUUACCUCAUUUAUACCAAAUGAAGAUCAAAGGAACAUGCUGUGUAAUAUCAUUCUCACUCUUGGAACACUGUUGCUGGCAGCAAACAUAACACUAGCUUUGUGGACAUUAGGAAGUGCAUAGGUAAUGAAAAGCAAUGUUUUCAUUUUUCCACUCCUCUGUCUGUGAGUCAUAACCAGACGAUUUUUCAAGAACAUUCAUCAUGUUUAAUAUCUUGAUUAUGGACAUCUGAGAUUGCAAAUGCUUUCUGAGAGUUAAGGAACGGAAAAAGAACUGAACUUUGAGAUACAGGGAAUAUCUAAGGCGAAAUACUAUGUACUUACUGACUGAGUGAGGAGGCCACACAGGAAAAUAUUUGGCUUGAGGUUGUGACUUAUAAACCAAGGGCAGCAAAGUCUGUGCAUCAUGACUGGGGUGCCGCAUAUUUCCGCAUGUGGGCUAACCAGAUCCAGCCAUUAACUAGUUCAUCAUAUGUACAUCAAGUUUUAGAAAUUUGAAAUAAUGUUCGAAGGUUAAAUAUGUAAGAUGGGACAUGCUGGCCAAUUACAAAAGAGGUUUCUCUCUUUGAAUUAGGUUUCAUUGAAAAAUGCAACCUAUCUUCUCAUUUCAGACUGUUUUCUUCAAGGUUAAGUCCACUUUUGACAUAUGUUCUGGUAAGAAUUAAAGAGAAUGUCUAAGAACACGGGAUGAUUAGCUGUGUUAAAAGUAAGAUAUUGAAGUCAGCAUAUCACAAUCGUGGAAGACAUUUGGUUCAGUCUAAGAUCUUUAAAAACUAUCUUCUAAAAAACAUCUUAGAAACCCUCUGCAAUUUACAUGUGAUUAAAUUUAAAUUGUUAAAUUUUUAGAAGUG